GAUGUGGAGAAAUUGAAACCCUUAUUCAUUUUGCUGAUGGGGAUGUAAAAUGGUGUUGCCACUGUGGAAAAGUUAGGCAGUUCCUCAAAUAGUUAAACAUAGAUUUAUCACAUGACCCAACCAUUUGACUCCUAGUUAUAUACUCAGAAGAACUGAGAACAUAUGUCCACACAAAAACUUGUACAUGAAUGUUUGUAGCAGUAUAAUUCAUAACCCAAAAGUAGAAACUCAAAUGUCCAUCAACUAAUGAAUGGAUGAACAAAAUAUGCUAUAUGCAUGCAAUGGAAUAAUAUUCCACCAUAAAAAGGAAGAGGCACUGAUAUCUGCUACAACGUGGGUGAACCUUUAAAACAUUACGCUGAGUGAAAGAAGCCAGCCAUAAAAGGCUACAUAUUGCAUGAUUCCAUUUAUGUGAUUGAUCCAGGAUAGGAAAUUUAUGGAGACAUAAAGCAGAUCAGUGAGCAAAAGAAGGAAAUGGAAAAUGAUGACUAAUGUAUAUGAGUGCUCUCUUGGGGUAACAAAAAUGUUCUGAAAUUAAAUAGUGAUAAUAGUUGCACAUUCUUGUAAAUAUACUAAAAGACCAGUGAAUUGUACACUUUAAAAAGGAUGAGUUUGAUGGUAUAUGAAUUAUAUACUAAUAAAAAAACCCUUUAUAGCUCAAUAAAGCAAUAGAAAAAUUAACAAAAUCAAAGGCUGUUUCUUUGACUAGAUAAAUGAGAUUGACAAACUCUAACAAGUGUCGAGGAAAAAGAAGGUUGAUAAAAUUAAAUAUGAUACAGAAAGAGAAUGGUCAAAUAAAUACAGAUACAACAGGAAUAUUUAAAAAAAUAAUAAAAGAUUACAGAAACAUCUCACAAUAGUAUGAGCUUGAUAUAUCAGGAUUGAUGACGUAUCCUGCCCGUGUUCUCAAAUGGCUGUGGGCUUAAGGUUUUAUCUUUUCUGGGAGGGCCAUGUUGGGGGUGUGAGGGUAGGGUUGGGGGGCAACAGCAAUCUUUGAAGGGGCCUCAAAGGAAGAAGGAGUCCCUUUAGGCCAAAUCUGCAGCAAUGGGCAACCAGCGAACUGGGAAAUUCCUAGCAUUUCUGCCAGUGACCUGAAAGUUUUGGCUAACCUGAGUCCUAGCAUUGUUACCAUCUAUAAUGAAGCCCGAGUGGACAGUUACCACUAGAUGGCAUCAUAAUGCAGCUAGCCAGGAUGAAUUUGAACUGUGCAACUCUGCAACUCUCGGUCCAUGGUUAUAGAAGCUUGUGCUGGACAUUUCAUUUAGUCUCACAAUUAAACACCUCUUCAUUUACAUGGCUAAUUUCUAAUGUUUGCAUUCUACUUAUCCAAUUAUGGCUUUUUCUCUACUGUGAAUGACUGUAUGUGAGUGAACUCAAAAUGUAGAUGAAGUGGAUACAUUCCUUGAAAAAUAUAAAAUGUCACAACUAGCACAAAUAUAGAAAACUGAAAUAGAAUCAUACACGUGAAAUAAAUUGAAAUGGCGUUUAACAACUUCCCCUCCCUGGAACCCCAAGCUUAGAUUGUUUUACAGGUAAAUUCUAAGAAACUUUCAAGAAACAGUUGUUUUCUAACCGACACUGGAUAUUCCAGACAAUGGAAGAGAAUAAAAACUGCCUGACUCAUUUCAUGGAUCCAGAGUAAGAACUAAGCUUCACAGUGUGUCUAUGAGCACACCCUCUGCCAGGAGGGGCGGCUCCCUCAGCACCGGGCAGACAUUGGAGCCUGGCCUUUGCCCACUGAGUCCAAAGAUGUGCCACCAAGGUGCCAGGUUCUUCCCGCUCCCUUCUUCCUCAACCUUCCCAGCAGACAAGAGCUCUGUGUACUCAGGAUUGGAGACCUCGGCUGGUAUGUGGAGACUCAAUGUCACACCAGGACCUCCUGAUUAGAGGAAACUGAGGCAGAGAGAAGGGACUGCACCGCUCCCUCCUAGGGCAGCUGGGUGAGAAAGCCCUUCCUUGGUCUGAGUUGAAAUCUGCUUCCCUGGGGCACUCCCUGAGAACAGGACCUGCUUGAACCGCUCAACUGGGAAGGUUUUUUUCUACCCUGUAAAGGGGAGGGAGCCAGAGCUGACAGAGUGACCAUUGAACCUUAAAGGAGAAACAAACAUAGUGCCCUAGGGCCUAGGGCUGAUCUCAAUAUUCAUAAACCAGGACAGGACAAUCAUCUUCUCUUGACAGAUGAGGAAGAUGGGGUUCUAACAGGCUAAGGAAAACUGCCCACAGUCACAGAACAAGGAUUCUCCAAGAAGCAGAAAGAUUUAAUCUCGUCAGCAAACCCUCACAAGGCUGAAGUUGUCCUCUCUUCACUCUCCUGUUGCCUGAAACCUUAAGUCAUUCUGCAGUGCCCUUUCAAAUUGGGACCCGCCUCAGUCCAUGUGGUAUUUCUAAUGAAAGCAGUGACUUCUGGGAGUCUACCUCGUCCCGUGCACCAAUACUCCCACUGGAUCCUGGCCACUACCUCAAAAUGAGGUGUCUCUAAUUCUAGAGUGGAAUCAGGAGGAUCCAGAUGCAUUGCCACUUAUAACUGGUAUAAAUUACAGCCCACAAGCAGAGGUGUGCAAGAAACAGUACAAAUUUUUUUUUUAUAAUUCCAUGUAAUUUGUAUUUUAAGCCUUGAUCCUGCUGGUGUCCUGUUUGGAUUUCCGCCAUCCCUAUUUGGAAGUCAUACAGGGCCAAGCUUUUGAGGGAGUGGGUGGAAGCAUGAUCAUUGUUGACUGGAGCCCACAGUUGUAAGUGUAGAUGUCCAUCAGCUCGGGGGCCAUGCCUCCUUCAGGUUUGGUGGCUGCUGUGCCAUGCAUGGGACAGGUUGCCAUGAUUCUGGUUGCCAUGAUUCUGCUUGUAUGCAUACUAUAGCCAUCUCCUUUUAGAGUUUUUGCCCCAUUUACCCCUCCAGCCACACUUGAGAGGCCUUUUCUCCUCCAGGAUUUGCAGGCAUCUCUCUCUGACUUAAUUAGCACAUUUCAACACUCCAGUAGGGAAACAAGACAGUACCUAAUUUCAAAAACCUGCUUCUGUUAUGUUUCUGCUCAAGUAUCCUCUCUUUUCCAUGGAGUUUGCGAUUUUAGAAAUAAAAGCCAAGAUCAUCCGCAUGCUAUUUCUGCUAUGCCCUGCCAGGCUCUUCCACUGGCCAGAGAACAUAGGGUCUGCUACCCACCUGAAUGCAGAAGGGAAAGGGUGAAAUGAAGAAAAGAAAAUAAACAGGAACAGAUUAACAUCUCAAAAUAUCCUGCCACAUUUGAAAGAUGUGAGAGUUGAAUUCACGGGAAAGGUUCUACUGGGAAAAAGGAAUUGUUCUUGAAAAUGGGGUCUGUGCUGUUGCAGAGACUGUUGAACCUAGGUCCACAGAAUGCUCUGAGGUCAUCCUUGAGGUUAGAGAACUCUGCUGUGGCCGUGGCAACCUUUGAAACUUAGCAGCCCUGGUGAGCGCUAGGCAGUACUGCCGGUUCACUAAGUGGUCUAAGUUCUUCAGCCAUUUCGGAGACUUGACUAUUUUUAUUUGUAUUGAAUCAUUUCAACGGAUUUCCCGAGAGCCAAGAAGGGCCAACCUGUAGGGAAGAGGAGGAGUUGGAGGUGAGGCAUCUUCUAAGGGAGACUUCUAGUUGGUACGAUGAAACAGCGACAAAAGAGGAAACAUCUGGAAAAUGAAGAGUCCCAGGAAACUGCCGAGAAGGGAGGAGGAAUCUCGAAGUCACAAGAGGAUCCCCCUCAGCUUGGAUCCACUGUGGUGGCCCAAGGCUGCAGCCCAGGGUCAGGGGAGGUCUCCUCUGCCUCUGAAUUCUUCUCCUAUGCUUCUUCUCCGUGCAAGCUCAUCUGCAGUGAAAUCCAGAGAUUACAUCGAGACACUGCCCAGCCUAGAGCACCCCUAGCCCAAGUUCAGGAACAAGGGGAGACCACUCCCCCAUCACAGUAUGUCUCCUUCUCAUCCUCUUCAUCCUGUGAGGCCUCUCUGUAUACAGACGAAGAGGAAAGGGACAUGAAAAUAUUCUACAUGCGGGUACAAGUGAACAAGGGUGUAGCUGUCUCCUGGACGAUAGAGAAACCCUUGGAGUUGCUAGAAAAGCAGCUGAGGAGAGAAGAAGUGACCCUUCCUGAGCAUGUGUGGGUAGGCAAUGCCGCCUCUCAUGUGUCCACCAGAAACCUCUCUGACGGUGAGCCCACCGGGGAGGAGAAUGAGCGUGAGGAAAGGGCAGAGCCAGACAGCCCAUCAGGGUCACCUGCAGUCAAGGAGACACCCAGGGCCAAGACACCGGACUGGAUGGUGACCAUGGAGAAGGGCUUCAGGUGCAUGGCCUGCUGCCGGGUCUUCCCCACCUUGGAGAUCCUCCAGCAGCACGUGCAGUACAGCGUCCAGGACGGCUUCAGCUGCCAUGUCUUUCAUCUCGCCAUGUCCCAGCUGACGGGCAAUGUGGAAUCCGAGAGCACCUCUGAGGAGGAGGAAGAGAAGCAAGAAGAAAAGGAGAAUGAGGGGCAGCAGCCCACGGGGGAAGACCUCUGCCCAAGGAGCCAGUGUCCAGUCUAUGUGUUUCAUUCUCCGAAGGACAGGAACAACUGAGAUUCAUGGGACAGAAGAUCCUGGAAGACGGUGUGGCCUUCUCUUGGAAGAGGGAGAAGAAAGGACCCUCAGGAUAGUAGCAGACAGAAUGCCGUGGUCUGAAGGAGGAUGAAGGGACCAGCACUCAGUCUAACAUUAAUAUAAUAUUAUAAACAUCAUAUGCAAUAAAGGGCAU